GAUUGUCUUGAACUAUCCAUACACUCCCUGGCUGAUGGAUGGGCUCAUCUGCAUUCUGUUUCCUGCCAGUGAGUUCCCAAGAAGAGUCACUCUGGUCCACAAUGGCACCACCAUCCAUAUUUUCCUGAGAUUCCACUGCCUUUCAUUCCACAUGAUUUUCGCACAGCCUUCAAUUUCAGACCUUGAACCUCACAGCAGAGGCAGCAGAAUAGAUGGAGAAGGCACUCUCUUUUCAUUUCCUUCCAUGAGACAUGCACUUUUGGAUUGUUGUUCCUUGACAUCACUUAGUUCACACAAGGAUUUGCCUUUAUAUAUAUGGAGGAUGAAAGGGAUGCUGAGGAUGCAAUUCGAGGACUUGAUAGAACAGGCUUUGGAAGAAAAGGGCGCAGGCUUCGUGUCGAGUGGACAAAGCAAGAACGUGGCAUUAGAAGGCCUAGUGGUUCUAGAAGAUCUUCAACCAAUUUAAGACCUGCAAAGACACUGUUCGUUAUUAAUUUUGAUCCAUAUAAUACUAGGACAAGGGACUUGGAGAGACACUUUGAUCCAUAUGGGAAAAUAUUAAACAUAAGGAUCAGAAGGAAUUUUGCAUUUAUUCAGUAUGAAUCACAAGAGGAUGCCACUAGAGCAUUGGAGGCUACAAACAUGAGCAAGUUGAUGGAUCGAGUUAUUUCGGUGGAAUAUGCAGUUCGAGAUGAUGACGAAAGGAGAAAUGGAUAUAGCCCUGAUGGACGGAGGCGCGAUAAGUCAUCUGAGAGAAGCUAUGACAAAGGACGAUCCUUGAGUCCCUACCGGAGGGAGAGAGGUAGUCCUGAUUAUGGUCGUGGCUCUAGCCCAAGUGCCUACAGAAGAGAGAGAGCCAGUCCUGAUUAUGGCCGUGACCCUAGCCCUAGUCCACGUCGAAGAGAUAGGGCUAUCCCUGAUCAUGGCCGUAGUCGUAGUCCUAGUCAUCAUCGAAGAGAGAGGACUAGCCAUGAUUCAGCUCGUGGCCCCAGCCGGAGUCCAUAUCGAAGUGAAAGAAGUGACAGGGCCAUUCCUGAUUAUGGCCGCGGUCGCAGUCCAAGUCCUGGACGGAGAGAGAAGAUUAUGCCUGACUAUCCGGACAGACCCAGUCUGAGUCCUGAGCGAAAAGAGAAGACAGGACGAUCAGAGAAGGCUAUUCCUGAUUAUGGCCGUGGAGCUAGCCCAAGUUCCCCUCGUCGAGAGAGGACUAACUCUGAUUAUGUUCGUGCCAAUAGCCGCAGCCGCAGUCGCAGCCAGAGCCAAAGUCCACGACAAAGAGAGAGGACUAAGCCUGAUUAUGGCCAUGAAAGGAGUGUGAGUCCUGAACAAAGAGAGAAGGCCAAUCCUGAUUAUGGGCGUGGUCCUAGCCGAAGUUCCCCACGUAGAGAGUAUGACCGUGGUCCCAGCCAAAGUCCCCAGCAAGGUGAGAGGGCCCUUCCUGAUUAUAGCCGUGGCCCCAGCGACAGUCCAUAUCAAAGAGAGAGUAUCAGUCCUGACUAUGACCGUGGUCCCAGCCCAAAUUCCAAGCGUGAAGAGAGGGACAGUCCCAAUUAUGGUGGAUCUGCAAGCCCCAUGAAUGGGAGAUACCGGAGUCGUUCACCCCCGGCACGUGAAAGAUCUCGAUCUUAGUAGCUCAAAAGGAACAACUGGUCUCUUGCUGGCAGCAGAACUUCCUUGAAAGUGUUGCAAUUUUCAAUUUUCCUCAUGACAAACAACCUUUUUUUAGAACUAAACUAUGACAUAUGCUUCUGAACUUUGUGAUAAGUAGGCCUUAGUAUUAGCUUCAUAUUAUUAUGGAGAUAAAUGCUUAAAAAAAUAUGCUUGGACUUCAGAGAUUCUGUCAUUCAUCAGGGAAACCUAGAAUACAAAAUGUUUGAUCCAUGUUUGGCCUCAUAGAUUUGAUGGGUGACCAUAUCCUCUCUAUGUAUGCUUAGCAAGAAUAUCUAUUAAAUUUGUGGGUGGGUGGAUCCCAGAAUAUGCCA